AUGACUCUCUCUCCGAAGAUCCCACACCUCCGCAAGGUCGGCGACACCCAGCAGCUGGUGGUUCAUGGCCGCCCGAUUCUUGCUCUAGCUGCAGAACUGCAGAAUUCUUCUAUGACCUCUGGGGCCUUCAUGGAUACCGUAUGGCAGAGACUGGUAGAUACAAAUAUUAAUACAGUUUUGGGAUGUGUCACUUGGGAAGAUAUUGAGCCAGUCGAGGAUCAAUUCAACUUCGCCGAACUGGAUAAAGCUAUCCUGGGUGCGAGAAAACAUGGGCUACAUCUCGUUUUGCUCUGGUUUGGGUCAUUCAAAAACGGCAUUUCCACCUACGUUCCUCCAUGGGUAAAAACCAACACAAAGAGAUUCCCUCGAGCGAAGUUGAGAAAGGCUGGGGGAGUCUUGAAGACCGGUGAUGUGUUGUCUAUAUUCCACGACGAGGGACGUAUAGCCGAUGCAAAAGCAUUCACUCGUCUAUUGCAACACAUCAAAGACAUUGAUGGCGAACACUCGACCGUAGUCAUGGUACAGGUGGAGAACGAGACCGGCCUAUUGGGUGAUUCGCGCGAUGGCUCUGUCGCAGCAGAGAAGCUAUUCCGCGAGUCUGUGCCCGAGGAUCUGCUGCAAUUUUUUGCACAGGACUGGGAUAACCUUCAUGUUGAUCUCAAGGCUAAUCUCAUCCACUUCAAAGCUCAGAGUAAACCCCAGGGAUCCUGGGAGCAGGUCUUUGGUAAAGGUCCUCAAACAGAUGAACUGUUUAUGGCCUAUCACUACGCCCACUACCUCGAACAUGUUGCCGCAGCUGGGAAGCAGCAAUACCCCAUCCCGCUGUAUACAAAUGUAUGGCAAAACUAUGUGGGCGAAGACGGCGACAAUGACUUCCCCAUUGUUGCUGGGGGCGGUGGCUAUCCUGGCGAUUAUCCGUCGGGAGGCGGCACAACGAAUGUUCUCGAUGUUUGGCAACGGUUCGCUUCAUCGUUGGACUUCAUCGCACCCGACGUCUACUUGAACGAGUACGCUAGCUCGUGCCGCAAAUAUCGGCACCGCAACCAGCCGCUGUUCAUACCCGAGCAGCGGCGUGAUGACUAUGGGGCUCGGCGCAUCUGGACUGCGUACGGGUCGUUCCAGGCCAUUGGGGUAUCACCUUUCGGAAUCGAUACCCUCGAGCCCGCCACAAAUCCCUUUACCAAGCAUUAUGGACUCCUCGAAUCGGUCUCGCAGAUCGUCCUCGACGCCCAGUCACGCCCAGACGCCUCGGUCGGGUUCCACUUUGACGAGCUUGCGGCGGACGACAGCGACCCUUCCAGACCGGUUGUCAAACAUUGGGGAGGCUAUGAGGUGACAAUUGAGCGGUGCUUCGUUUUUGGAAAGGCUGGACCUGGUGCUGGAAUGGUCAUCCAUUUAGGAGGACCAAAGUUCCUCUUGAUCGGUUGGGGGUUCCAGGUCCGAGCUCGAUCGUUGUCGCCGACUAGCACCUUCACCGGUUUCUUGCACUUCCGGGAGAAACAGGUUGCUAACAAAGAAACGGGGCAGCUACGAACCCUUCGGAUUUUGAAUGGAGAUGAGACUCGUAGUGGGAUCUUUGCCAUGAUGCCGAACGACGAUCCUGACUACGGGGGCUUUCCGAUUUGCGUUACAAUCCCGGCUCACACGAUGAUCGCCGAAUUGGAGGUGUACUCCAUCGAGGGCAAGGAUGACGUUUGA